AACAAAGGCGCAUCUAGUUCGUCUCAGACAGAAACUAACGAUGGUACAUCAAAUUCGUUAAACGCGUCUCCUGGAAACUGCUAUGAGGUGUUCUUGAGCUUCAGAGGCCCGGAUACUCGGUAUGGCUUCACCGAUCACCUCUACCAUGGGCUCCGUGGUGUCGGAAUUUGUGCUUUCAGAGAUGAUGACGAGCUCUGUCAAGGCGAGGACAUUAGACCAAAGCUUACGGCGGCCAUCACGAACAGUAAGAUCUUGAUCCCCAUUUUCUCCGAGAGAUACGGUACAAGCAGUUGGUGCUUAGAUGAACUGGUUGAGAUAAUGCAGCGCAAGAAUAAUAACGACCAGAUAGUGUUGCCUAUAUUCUACAAAGUGAAACCAUCUGACGUGGGAUAUCAGGCCGGAAGUUUUGGAAAAUUAUUUCAUGAGCGUGAGGGGCGUUUGCGGGAGAGGUCUUCUCAAGACCUGGCGAAUUUGGAGAAAUGGAAGCAAGCACUCCUUGAAGUCAGCAAUGUGAAAGGAUACGAAGUCCAUGGGUCUGAAGUAGAGUUAGUGAAGUUGGUUGUGCAAAGAGUGUUGAGAGAACUGAAGAAAAAUUUUGAGUUGGUUAUUUCUGAGAAUUUGGUUGGAAUUGAAAUUCAUGUGAAGAAGGUUACGGAAUUUUUAGAUAACACGUCUCAGGCCACCCUAUUUGUUGGCAUCAAUGGAAUGGGAGGCAUUGGUAAGACUACUCUUGCUAAAGCCAUUUACAACAAGCUCUCCAAUCAAUUUGAGUAUCGUAGCUUCAUUGCUGAUAUAAGGGAAUCAUGGAAGAAAGGCGUUCAUCGAUUCUGGAAACAGUUAAUCGGUGAUAUAUUACAGCAAGAUAUUGAAAUUUGCGAUGAGAAUGAAGGGACUAAUAUUAUCUCCUCCAGGCUUAAAGAUAAAAAGGUGCUCGUUGUUCUUGAUGAUGUGGAUAAUGUCAAUCGGGUGAAGCGUUUGACUGGUAAUCAUGAUUGGUUUUCUUCGAGAAGUAGAAUCAUUAUUACCACUAGAGACGAGAGGAUUUUUAAAGGUGCUCGGGUGGACUACAAGUAUGACCUUAAGGAAAUGGAUUCUGCUCAAUCCUUGAUUCUGUUUAGCAAACAUGCGUUUCUAAUGGACUCUCCUCCGAAGGAAUUUGGGGACCUCACUCGUGAAGUUGUAUCGAUCACCGGAGGGCUUCCCUUAUGCCUUGAGGUUUUUGGUUCAUUAUUCUAUGGAAAAGAGUCAACAGAAUGGAGAGAUAUGAUAAAGAAGUUAGAAAAAAUCCCUCGUAAGGAAGUGCAAGAAAGGUUAAGAAUAAGUUACGAAGCAUUAGAUGAUGGACAAAAACAAAUAUUUCUGGAUAUCGCUUGCUUUUUCAUUGACAACGACAAGAGAAUCGCAUCCUACAUGUGGGAGGCCUGUAAAUUUUUCCCAAAGGUCAAUAUUGAAGAAUUGAGAUUUAUGUCAUUAAUAAAAAUCGAAGAUGAUCGUUGGCUCGGAAUGCAUGACCAUUUGAGAGAUCUAGGUAGGACAAUUGUUCGCGAGAAUUACGAGCGACAGCCUUGGAAACAUAGUAGGUUAUGGGACUCCGAUGAAGCCUUGAAAGUGCUAAAGGCAAAUAAGGGAACGGAAGAGAUCGAGGCAAUUGAUAUGAGUAAAGGCAGCUCAGAUGGCGACAUUUACACAGGUGAACAAUUCAAGAAGUUGACAAGUUUAAGAUUCCUUCACAUGAUGAAGGGGGCACAUCUCAUUGGUGAUUUUAAGGACUCGGUUGAGGAGUUAAAAUGGCUUCGAUGGGAAAACUGUCCCAUGAAUUUUGAAGUAAACAAUCUUCACGCAGCAGAAUUAGUUGUACUGGAAUUGUCGGGAAGCAAGAUAAAUAAGAGGUGGCGGGGAUGGAGUUCUUUCAUGAUGGCAGAGAAGCUCAAAUUUCUCGACCUUUCCUUUUGUGAAUCCUUGGAAACUACGGAAUUCCUCUCAGCUUUUAAGAAUUUGGAGGUUUUGAUCCUCAAUUAUUGUUCGGGGCUGCGGCAAAUCGACUUUUCAAUUGGAGGCAUGAAGGCCCUCCUUCACUUGGAGUUGUGCUCCUGUGAGAGCCUCACGGAGCUUCCAGAAAGCAUGGGGUCUUUGGAGAAUCUAGAAAUUCUAGAUAUUUCUGCAAUCGGCAUAGAAGAAUUACCAAACGGUAUCGGGAGACCGAGAAAGCUCCGAGAUUUAAAUGCUUCAUAUUGCAAAUAUCUGAAAGGCGAAAGGACAGAAAGCAUGUGUAAUCUUUCUUCCCCGCAACGCCUUAAUUUUCUUGGCUGUAUGGAGCUCCAAUCACUACCGGACCUUCCUUCGAGCUUAACAUAUUUGGGAGUCACCUGUCAAAGUCGCAAAUUGCCUUCACUCUCCCACCUAACCCGUCUCAAGGAGCUAGAAGUUAUUGACUGUCAAUUUCUCGAGUGCAUCCCGGGGCUUCCAUCAACACUACUAAAGAAUUCAGAAUGCUCCCAACCGACGGGUAUUGAAGAAUCGGAAUUACCACAAUCCCUAAACACUCCCUUCAAGUUGGAAACCUUGAUGGUCAAUGCGUGCGAAUCUAUUGAAACACUGGACGUUUCGCAGUUUAUCCAUCUAAGGACAUUAUCCUUCUAUAAUUGCCACAAUUUACUUGAAGUUCGAGGUCUUGAUAAAAUGAAAUAUUUGGAAUCCUUGACUGUUGAAUCCCGCCAUUCGGUUGAACGGUUGGACCUUCCAAAGUUCGGGGAUCCGAAGAUAGUGAAAGUUGAAUUUUGCAAAAACUUAGUCGAAAUUCAAGGUCUCAAAAACUUGGAGUCCUUGGAAACCCCGAGUAUCUCUAGGUGCGCUUCAAUGGGAAGGCUGCUCGUUCCACAAUCCAGGAGUCUGAGGGUGUUAGAUGCUGAAUAUUGCACCAAAUUAGCUGAAAUUCAAGGCCUCGAUGGGUUGGAGCUUUUGGGAGAGCUAAAUAUCAGUGGCUGCACUUCAAAUAAAAAGUUGCAUCUUCCAAUAUCUGGGGGUUUGUAUAAAUUAAAUGUCGAAGGUAGUGAAACCUUAGCCAAAAUUCAAGGUCUCAAUAGGCUGGAGUUCUUGGAAGUGCUGAACAUCUCUCGGUGCACUUCAAUUGAAAGGCUAGACCUUCCAAAAUCCGGGAGUAUGAAGGAGUUAUAUGCUAGAGGCUGCGUAAACUUAGCUGAAAUUCGAGGGCUCGAAGGGCUGGAGUUCUUGCAAAAGCUCGAUAUCUCCGCGUGCGCUACAAUUGAAAGGCUGGACCUUCCAAAAACCAAUAAGUUCUUGAGAGAGUUACAUGCCGGAGGCUGUGUAAACUUAGCCGAAAUUCGAGGGCUCGAAGGGUUAAAGUUCUUGGAAGAGUUGGAUAUCCAUGGGUGCACUACAAUUGAAAGGUUGGACCUUCCAAAGUCCCAUCGUCUGAAGAAAUUACAUGCUGAAUAUUGCGAAAGCUUAGUCGAAAUUCAAGGCCUCGAUAGGUUAGAGUUCUUGAAAGAGUUACAUGCUAGAGGCUGCGUAAACUUAGCCGAAAUUCGAGGGCUCGAAGGGUUGGAGUUCUUGGGAGAGUUGGAUAUCCAUGGGUGCGCUACAAUUGAAAGGUUGGACCUUCCAAAGUCCCAUGAUCUGAAGAAAUUACAUGUUGAAUAUUGCGAAAGCUUAGUCGAAAUUCAAGGCCUCGAUAGGUUAGAGUUCUUGGAAGAGUUGAAUAUCUCUGGGUGCGUUUCAAUUGAAAGGCUGGAUCUUCAGAAAUCCAAGAUGCUGGAGAGAUUAGAUACAAACAAUUGCGCAAACAUAGUGGAAAUUCAAGGUCUUGACAACUUAGCGAUGUCGAAUGUCUCUGGGUGCACUUCGUUUGAAAGGCUACCAAACUUACAUUGCUUUCGCUACUUGAAAAGUUUGACUAUCAACGGCUGUGACAAGCUUCAAGAGAUACUGAGCCCAGAGAUAUUCCCAUCCCGCACAAGUUUAUGGAUUGGAAGUUGCAAGUCCUUAGCAAAAUUACCGAACUUGUCAAGUUUUCAUGGUUUACAAGAAUUGUUCCUGUCAACCUGUCAUGAACUUCGAGAGAUCCCGGGGCUUGAGGAGUCAAUAUCUCUAGAAAGUAUUACUAUCUCGGGAUGUUCCUCGAUCGAGCUCUUACCAGAUUUGUCAUCGUGUACCCGCUUGAUAAGUCCGAUUGUGCAAGAUUGCGAGAAACGGACCGAGAUUAGAGGGCUCAAGAAAUUGGAGCAACAAGUGGAAUUGAAAAUUUCUGGAUGCAAGUCACUCAAAACAAUUCCAAAAUUAUCCGUAACUCGACGUUAUCGGAUUUACAAGGGAUUUGCACCAAGCAUUUCGGAUGACUAA